AGAGGGAGGCAGCGUCUGAUUCACAAUCUUUGACACACAAGGAAGAGAUUAUUGCUUCCGGGGGAUAUCACUAGUGUUUUGCUCAAUUUGUCUGCCAUCAUGAAUUAACGCUGGAGUGUCAAAGUUGGAUCUGGUGAGCGUUUUGUGUCUCUGCCGUCUGGCUUGCACGUACGUUGUGUUGCGAGGCGAACUGGACAGGAUCUGCAGCCCCUUUCCAGCGGAGGAGCCGAAGGUCCGGCACAACGGCCAUCAGCCACACGGGAAGAGGAGGAGGAGGGUGAAAAAAAUCAUCCGGCUGUGGCCACCAAAGGCUGAACCUCAGUGGCCACAGCAAUGCACCACGGUCCCUCUGCCUGUAUGAAAUUUUCCCCCACCUCCUUGCGCCGCGUCACAGCUGACCACCCUUUAUGCCGUCGAUUAACGGCCCGCUGAAUUUCAAUGUAGACAAAGGGGUGGCCGCCACAGAAUGCCAUUCUGCGGCCCGUUUGAGCGUCUCUCCCGGCUUAGGAGGAGCCGUGAGAGGGCACAUCUUUGGGUGACAGCUGAAAGUUCUGGGGAGGUGGGAUUUUGAGAGCGUUUAGCGACAGGCCCACAGUGUCUGGAAGCUGAAAGUCUGUUUGGCUGCAUUUUUAAAAAUUUAAGUACUUUUAAUGUCGGUAAAAAUGUGUGCGCAGGGGGGCAGGCAGAUGGGACAUGUCAACUACGCUUAUGCAAAAAAGUGAAUCAUUAUUCUUUAUGCUGCAUAUGUCGUCUUUAUUUGUCAUUACAGCGGCUCGGUGGGCAAGCAGGAGCCAGACAUGUAUGCCUCCAGUAAAUACAGCUCCCGGGGACCUGCUCUUAUCCCUCGGAUGAAAACCAAGCACCGUAUAUACUACAUCACUCUCUUCUCUGUGGUGUUGCUCGGCCUCAUUGCCACUGGGAUGUUUCAGUUCUGGCCUCACUCCAUUGAGUCCACAGCUGACUGGACCGUCGACAAACGGAGUGUUCAUGAUGCUCCUCUGGUGCGCCUCCCAGUCUCCAGUCCCAUUCCUGAGAGGGGAGACCUCAGCUGUCGCAUGCACACUUGUUUCGAUGUGUAUAGAUGUGGCUACAACCCUAAGAAUCGAAUUAAGGUUUACAUCUACCCGCUACAGAGAUUUGUUGAUGAACUUGGGGUUCCGAUCAGCAGCACAGGACUUUCACGCGAAUAUAACGACAUUCUCAGCGCCAUUUCGGACAGCGACUUUUACACUGAUGAUGUCAACAGGGCUUGUCUUUUUAUCCCCUCAACCGAUGUCCUGAAUCAGAACUCCCUGCGAAUCAGAGAGACUGCUCAGGCUCUGGCAAUGCUACCCAGGUGGAACAAGGGGAUGAAUCACCUACUUUUUAACAUGUUGCCAGGGGGCCCACCAGACUACAACACUGCUUUGGAUGUGCCCCGAGACAGAGCACUCCUGGCUGGUGGUGGCUUCUCCACAUGGACGUACAGACAAGGUUACGAUGUCAGCAUCCCAGUUUACAGCCCCCUUUCUGCUGAUGUUGAGCUGCCUGAGAGACAGCCUGGGCCUCGCCGCUAUUUCAUCCUGUCAUCUCAAACAGCCAUUCACCGUGAGUAUCGGGCUGAACUCGAACGCCUGAAGGAGGAAAAUGGCCAGGCUCUCCUCCUUCUGGACAAGUGUAGCUACCUCUCCCAGGGAGCCGCCUCUGCUCGAAAGCGAUGUUACAAGGGGCAGGUGUAUGACUACCCUCAGAUUCUGCAGGAGUCCUCCUUUUGUGUGGUGCUAAGGGGUGCACGUUUGGGUCAGGCUGCUCUUAGUGAUGUGCUGCAAGCUGGUUGUGUCCCUGUCAUCCUUGCGGAUUCCUACAUCCUUCCUUUUUCUGAAGUUCUUGACUGGAAAAGAGCGUCUGUGGUUAUCCCAGAAGAGAAGCUCUCUGAGAUGUACACCAUCUUGAAGAGUAUCCCACACAGACAAGUGGAGGAGAUGCAGAGACAGGCACUCUGGUUUUGGGAAGCCUAUUUCAGCUCCAUGAAGGCCAUCGGCCUGACGACGCUGCAGAUCAUCAAUGACCGCAUCUACCCAUAUGCCGCACAUACAUACGAGCAGUGGAACAAUCCAACUAUUGUGAAGUGGUCCAGUGUGAACAGUCCCCUCUUCUUGCCACUUAUCCCACCAAGAGCACCUGGGUUCACAGCAGUGGUGUUGACCUACGAUCGUGUCGAGAGUCUUUUCCGAGUCAUCACAGAAAUUUCCAAAGUUCCUAGCUUGGCUAAGCUCCUGGUGGUGUGGAAUAAUCAGAACAAGAGUCCUCCUGAGGAAUCUCUUUGGCCUAAGAUUGGUGUGCCUCUCAAAGUUGUGCGCACAAAAGAAAACAAGCUGAGUAACCGCUUUUUCCCCUAUGACGAGAUUGAGACUGAAGCUGUGUUGGCCAUUGAUGACGACAUCAUCAUGUUGACAUCUGAUGAACUGCAGUUUGGCUAUGAGGUAUGGAGGGAGUUCCCUGAUAGGCUUGUUGGUUACCCGGGCCGACUGCACCUCUGGGACCAUGAAAUGGGAAAGUGGAAGUAUGAGUCGGAGUGGACCAACGAGGUCUCCAUGGUUCUGACGGGUGCUGCUUUUUACCACAAGUACUUCAACUACUUGUACACAUACAAGAUGCCGGGAGACAUCAAGAACUGGGUCGAUGCACACAUGAACUGUGAAGAUAUUGCCAUGAACUUUCUGGUGGCCAACGUUACUGGCAAAGCCCCCAUAAAGGUGACCCCCAGGAAGAAGUUCAAGUGUCCUGAGUGUACUGCCAUAGAUGGCCUGUCCCUGGAUCAGACGCACAUGGUGGAGAGAUCUGAGUGCAUCAACAAGUUUGCAUCAGUUUUUGGCACCAUGCCUCUGAAGGUGGUGGAGCACCGGGCCGACCCGGUUCUCUACAAAGACGACUUCCCAGAGAAACUCAAAAGCUUCCCCAACAUCGGCAGCCUCUGACCAGCACGCAUUCCGUGUUUGGACCUCACUACAGCUUCAGCAGAGCCACACUUGACUUUUCUGCCAUUAUACAUUCUCUUGUACAGUGCUUUUAUGUUCCCGUCACCUCUUUCAUGUUAAAUUGAAAAUGCAUGUUUGGUUUGGGAUUCUUACACCCGAUGUUAAUCAUGACUGAUGAGUGAUCCUCACUGAGCUUUAGCUAUGAUGGGAUCACUGCAUAUGUACAUUUAUACAUAUGGAUUUUGCUUCAGGAAUGAAUAUUAGUUGUAAUUUAUUAUUCCAUAUUUAACGUUUAAACGGUUUUGUGGACUGGUUGGGGUGGGUAUGGUUAAUGGGUCUGUCUUAGCUGCAAACAAACAAGACAAGAAGAAAUUCCCUGAUUGGACAAAGUUGCUCUCAGAAAUCUAAUAUUUAGAUUUUUCUGUUGAUCACAUUGCUGAGCUACUGGAUUGUCUUCCGUGCAUGUGAUGUUAAAUUGCUCGUGUGUCCGACACAUCUUACAGAUCAAUAAAUAUUGCCUUGUGCUGAA